AUGGUAGAAAAUAACAAUUAUUUAGCAACGAUUAAGGAUGAUCCAAAUCAAUCAUCAUUCAAAGUAUAUAAGGUAUCGACUUCAGUCAGUCUAUUACCAACAGAGAUGGGAUCUAUAGAGAGUGGUAUCAAGCGUUAUCUCGAUAGAUCUAUAUUCAGAUACAACAGAGAGUUGGAGGCCAUCGUCAUCUCUUACUUUAACGUUUCAUUCAAGACUAGAGAAGUUCCACUCUUUAACGAUGCUCCACAUAUUCAUAUUCCAAUCAAUGUAGAUUUAUUAGUAUUUGUACCUACAAAGGGUCAUUUUGUUCAGGGUACAGUUAAAAGAGUAUCAGCAACACAUAUAUCAGUAGUUGUAUUUGGUGUUUUGUCAUGCAUCAUUCACAAGGCUGACGCUCCAACUGGAUUCGUCUACAAUCAUAGUUCAAAUACAUUUGUAAAUGAAAAUAAUGAAACUAUAUCAUCUGGUACUAAAUUGGUAUUCAAGAUUAAAGGUAUCGAUAAAUCACGUGCAUAUGUACAUGUAACUGGUGAUAUGACUGAAGAGGGAUGUUAUAUCAGUGGUCAUGAAGAGAUUAAAGAGGGUGAUAAUCCAAAACACCAAAAGAACAAAAAGAAAGAGUUGAAUGGAAACCAUGGUGUCACCAACGUUGAAAAGGCUGAAAAUGGAAAACAAGAGAAUGGAAAGAUGGAAAUUGAUAAUCAAGAAGAAGAAGAAAAGAAAAAGGAUAACUCUGAUUCUUCUUCAUCUGAUAGUGAAAGCAGUAGCAGUAGUGAUAGUGAUAGUUCAUCUUCUGAAUCUGAAUCAAGUGAUGAUGAUAAGAAGAAGAAAUCCAAUGGAAAGAAUAAGAAGGAUGAAUCUUCAUCGGAAUCUGAAUCAUCGUCAUCGGAAUCAUCAUCAGAGUCAGAGUCAUCAUCAGAAUCAGAAGAUGAUAAAAAGAAAAAGAAAUCAAAUAAUAAUAAGAAUAAUAAUAAUAAUAAUAAUAAUAAUAAUAAUAAUGGAAAAAACAAGAAAAAGCAACAAGACAGCAGUUCAGAGUCAGAAUCAGAAGACGACAAAAAGAAAAGAAAAUUAAAGAAAUCUAAAGUUGAUAAAGAUGAUGACCAAAAGAAAAAGAAAAAGAAAUCAAAUUAA